AUGCCUAGCAGAAUGGGCUCAAAAAUUGAUUUGAACAAAGACUUCAUCAGAGUAAAAACACACUAUAGUGGGGACAUCCUGAUAACAAAUGUGGAUGCAUCAAUGAGCUAUGAUGAACUUUGUGAUGAAGUGCAUGAGAUGUGUAAUUUACAACAGGAGCAGCCAAUUACCCUCAAGUGGAUUGAUGAUGAAGGCGACCCAUGUACCAUCUCUUCUCAGAUGGAACUGGAAGAAGCCUUUCGUUUGUAUUGUCAAAACAGAGAUGAAGGACUGAUUAUUCACGUCUUCCCAAGUAUUCCAGAGAAACCCGGCAUGCCUUGUCCAGGAGAAGAUAAAUCAAUUUACCGACGUGGAGCCAGAAGAUGGAGGAAGCUGUACCGAGUGAAUGGGCAUUUGUUUCAAGCCAAACGUUUUAACAGAAGAGCGUAUUGUGGCCAGUGCAGUGAAAGGAUAUGGGGUCUCGGAAGGCAAGGCUACAAGUGUAUCAACUGCAAACUGUUGGUCCAUAAACGUUGUCAUAUACUUGUUCCACUGACCUGCAAAAGGCAUAUGGAUUCGGUCAUGCCUUCCCAGGAACCUCAGUUAGAUCAUAAAAAUGAUGAAGUUGACCUCCCUUCAGAAGAAACUGAUGGAAUUCCCUACAUUCCUUCAAACCGUAAACACGACAUUAAAGAUGACUCUGAGGAUAUCAAACCAGUCAUUGAUGGAAUGGAUGGAAUUAAGAUUUCUCAGGGGCUUGGACUACAGGACUUCGAUUUAAUCAGAGUUAUCGGACGUGGAAGUUAUGCCAAAGUUCUUUUAGUUCGGUUAAAAAAGAAUGAUCAAAUUUAUGCUAUGAAAGUAGUGAAAAAAGAAUUGGUCCAUGAUGAUGAGGAUAUUGAUUGGGUACAGACAGAGAAACAUGUGUUUGAACAGGCAUCCAGUAACCCAUUCCUAGUUGGUUUACAUUCAUGCUUUCAAACAACAAGUCGAUUGUUUCUUGUCAUAGAGUAUGUAAAUGGGGGAGAUCUUAUGUUUCAUAUGCAACGGCAAAGAAAACUUCCUGAAGAACAUGCAAGGUUUUAUGCUGCUGAAAUCUGUAUUGCUCUAAACUUCCUACAUGAAAGAGGCAUAAUCUACAGAGAUUUAAAACUAGACAAUGUUCUUUUAGAUGCAGAGGGUCAUAUCAAAUUAACAGAUUAUGGCAUGUGCAAGGAAGGUUUGGGCCCUGGUGACACUACAAGCACUUUCUGUGGGACACCAAAUUAUAUUGCACCAGAGAUCCUCAGAGGAGAAGAAUAUGGGUUCAGUGUGGACUGGUGGGCUCUCGGUGUGUUGAUGUUUGAAAUGAUGGCAGGAAGGUCUCCAUUUGAUAUUAUUACUGACAAUCCAGACAUGAACACUGAAGAUUACCUCUUCCAAGUUAUUCUUGAGAAGCCAAUCCGGAUUCCAAGGUUUCUUUCUGUCAAGGCUUCCCAUGUGUUAAAAGGAUUUUUAAACAAGGAUCCCAAAGAAAGGCUUGGCUGUCAGCCACAGACAGGAUUUUCUGAUAUCAAGUCCCACACAUUUUUCCGCAGCAUAGACUGGGAUCUGCUGGAAAAGAAGGAAGCAACCCCUCCAUUCCAGCCUCAGAUCACAGAUGAUUAUGGUUUGGAUAACUUUGAUACACAGUUCACCAGCGAACCUGUGCAGCUAACCCCAGAUGAUGAAGAUAUAAUAAAGCGAAUAGAUCAGUCAGAAUUCGAAGGAUUUGAAUACAUUAAUCCAUUGUUGCUGUCAACAGAAGAAACAGUAUGAAGGAAUGACAUCUUCAUUGUGGACAAUGUGAAUGACCUUUAAAUUUAUCCUUAACUACAGUAUAUGCAUGCAAGGCUGGGGAACUGUAAGAUUUUGGAUGGAGACCAAUGAUUUAAAAAAAAAAAAAAAAGAAUUGCUGCUGAAAAUCAAAGAAGAGAAAUAAUGAUUUUGGUGGGUGUCUUCUGCCACUUAGUGAUUCUUGAGUUCUGGGCACUCACACAACUGGCUUCAUUAAUGAAGGAAUUUGCAUUUUGUGCCUGUUUCAUGAAGGAUUGAUAUGUUCAUUGCAUUCCUGGAAACAGAGAUUCUGAACAACCUUGAGACCUACACACUUUCUACAAACAUUUGAUGCAAUGAGCUACCAUUUGAAGAAUAUUACAGUGUAACAUCCUGAAGAAUAAAGUAUAUUACGGUGGUGUUGAAGCUUA